AUGGCACUGUACCGCCGGCCAUCCCAGGCCAAGCUCAUCUUCGCACCGGCCGGCUCCUCCCCCCACGGCCAAGCCGAGCAGUUCACCAAGUCGACGCUCUCGAGAAGGGACCUGCACCCGACGACGCCGACGCCCCAGUUCAACAGCUGGUUCUCGCAGGCGCAGGCCUCGUCCAUCCCGCAGCCCGAGGCGUGCACCCUGUCCACGGCCGAGCUGCCGUCGGGCCGCGUCUCCUCGCGCAUCGUCUACCUCAAGGAGCUCGACGCGGCGGGCGGCUUCGUCGUCUACUCCAACUUUGGGACGUCGCGCAAGGCCGCCGACCUGGCCACCAACCCGCACGCCGCGCUCGUCUUCUUCUGGGCCCCGCUGCAGAGGCAGGUGCGCGUCGAGGGCGUCGCGAGCCGCUACUCGCCCGGCGAGAGCCAGGAGUACUUUGACACGAGGGUCAGGGGCAGCAGGAUCGGCGCCUGGGCGAGCCGCCAGAGCCAGGUGCUCGAGCCGGACGGGGCCGUGGACGGCGACGACGGCAGGGCCCAGCUGGAGGGGUGGGUGGCCGACGCCGAGAAGAGGUUCGAGGGCAGGGAGGACAUUCCCGUGCCCGACUUCUGGGGGGGCCUGAGGAUCGUGCCCACGCGCGUCGAGUUCUGGCAGGGCCGGCCGUGCCGCCUGCACGACCGCUUCGUCUAUGUCAGGGAGGAGGGCAGAGACGGCGAGGACGACAAGUGGACGUUGGAGAGGUUGAGCCCCUAG